GCUAAGUGCGCCGCAUUACGGCACAAGCGACAUCUUCAUUACGGCACAAGCGACAUCUUCAUUACGGCACAAGCGACAUCUUUAUCACGGCACAAGCGACAUCUUUAUUGGCAGCUUCGAACGAGGCCUUUUUGGACUGCUGUUGGGUGAAAAGGAUAGAGGUUGCAUAUUGUUCUGAUGAAUGGAUUAGCAUCUCUUAACUUUUUUGACUCGAGAAUUGGCUCUUUUCUUCCUCAUUUCGAUCAAUCUCUUGGCGGCCGUUGAAGGAUCACGAUAAUAAGCAAUGAAGCUUCCUUGGCUUCUGCCGGCACUGCUUGGUAGCGGAGCCGCAGCAGGCCUCGACAAGGUUGGGAUUGCCGUUGGCGACAAGGUCUGGACUGUUGAGAGCAGAGUUUAUCUGGGGAAGGGCAUCACAUACCAAGAACAAGACAGCGAGGAUGGCGCCUCAAUACAGUCUGCCAGCGCCAACAGCAUUCCAGCCGCUCUAGACACACUUAAUAUGGAUUUACCCAACAAAACCAAACCUGGACUAAAUUAUCCUGACACUGGAGAUGCCGCGCCGAUCAUCACGCUCAAAUCAGCAAGCAACAACGCUGCUCAAAGCCCAGAGGAUGGCCCCUCAAGUCAGCAGGCAGGCCCAUCUUCAGGUCUGAGCCAUGACCCGUCAGGCCUGGAUGAGUCUUCGACACGCCCCUCCAGGAGGGCCGAGACGAAGAAUCCGGCCUCGGCCAACCGUGCGAUAGCAGGCAUGGGCGUGGGCUUGGUUUCGGUCAUGCUCAUCUUCACCGUCUUUUUGUGAAAUGCCUCUUCCCUUCCAUUCGGUCCCGGGCGG